CUUUUCAUUAUUUAAUUUUCUAAUUUUCUUUUUUCAAUCUCAAAAAAUUUGAAAAUUCUUUUCAAAAUUUCUUUGAAACUCAAAAAAUAAAGACUUUCCAUUUAUUGUGUAAGUCCAUCAGUUCGCUCUAAUCAGACAAAAUUCAUCUUCAAUUUGUAGCUAAUUAAAUGUACGAUAGUGUGUUGUGCUAGGUGAGACAAGGCGCCAAGCCCUUAGCCUCGCCUGGUCUGGCGCCUAGACACAGCUAAGGCGCCCAAGUCGACCACAAAAAUCAAAUAAGAAAAGGAUCAAAGGAGGCAAGUGGUGAUGGCUGAACCGUUCAUUGGAUUCUUAAUAGAUAGGGUGUGCACUGUUGUUGGUAAAAAUGUUAUUUCUAGGUUUUUUGGAUUAGAGGAAGAGUUUGAAAAGAUGAAAUACAGUCUUCCUUCUCUCAAAUCACUAUUCAAUGAUCUAGAAAAAUCAAAAAAUCAAGGGAUCCGUAACAGUGAAGUUGUCAAGACGAAUGUGGUUACGCUCAGGGAGUUGCUAUACGAAGCAGAUGAUAUACUUUUAGACUGUCAAAUUUUUCAAGAGUCUGAUCAUUAUAUUUUUGCAAAAGUCAUUUAUCGUCAUGAAACAAAGAAAAGACUGCAGAACGUUAACGAAAAAAUCAGUAACGUGGAGAAAAACUUGAGAAGCCACUGCCUUCCCAUCAUGUAUCAGCAAACCAACUGGUUUGAAGGAAGCAGCAGUUGUGCCACCAACGGCAGGUGGACUACAUCUUUGCCCAACCGAUUUGGCACUGUAGGCCUGGCCGACGAUGUAGAAAAGAUAAAAGAUUGGAUCAUCUCGGAAAACAAUGAGUUACAACGAGUUGGGAUUGUGGGCAUGGGAGGUCUCGGGAAGACCACCCUUGCGCAGAAAAUUUUUAACGAUAAGUGUCAAAAAUUAAGGGAUCGGUUUAAGAAGAGGAUCUGGGUGUCUGUCUCUCAGCUUGUUGAUGUGGUUCAGAUCAUGAGGACCAUCUUGGACGGGUUAAAUGUCAAAAGUCAUAGUGCCGACUCUAUUCCGGCGACAUUACUGAAGAAAAUUAAAGUGGCUCUCACAGAGAAAAGGUAUCUUAUCAUCAUGGACGACGUAUGGAGCCUUGAAGAUGGAUGGUGGAGCCAGAUCCUUGAUGGAUUAACACAAGAUGGGAGAUCCAGCAGCUGCAUCAUAAUCACCACAAGAAAUGAAGAAGUUGCGAGAAGCAUGGGAGUCGGAGAAUUAAGAAUACACAGACCAAAGCUCCUUGGUGAUGAAGAUAGUUGGUCCCUGUUAUGCAAAGUUGUAUUCUCUUCAACGAAUGGAAUCUGUCGGAAUCCCGAGUUGGAAGAAGUGGGGAAAAACAUUGCGAAGAAAUGUGGUGGCCUCCCUCUAGCAAUCAAGGCAAUUGCAGGGCUGUUGUCAAUAAGAUCACGGCCCCUUUCUGACUGGCAGAAGAUUAAUGCAGAUUUUCGCGCUAAAUUGGCAGAGAGCACUGCUCCUAGUGAUGGUAAGUCGGUAAUUGCUUCUCUGCAACUUAGUUAUGACGAUUUACCCAGUCACCUGAAACAGUGUAUACUAUGUUGCUCUAUUUAUCCUGAAGAUUUUGCAAUCCGAAUCAAACAGUUGGUGUACUGGUGGGCUGGAGAAGGUUUUAUACUCCCAGGAAGUAACAGAAAAACGACAAUUCAGUUAGCAUAUGACUACUUAUAUGAAUUAUUCAGUAGAUGCCUUAUUGAACCUAUGGAAGCUAGGUCAGAUGUCUGGAAAUACAGAUUGCAGGAAUGCAAGUUGCAUGAUAUGGUGCGAGAUUUGAUCAUAAGAGUCGCAAAGCAAGAGGCAUUUAGUAGCUUUGAUGAUGGCACUGGACAAAUAUUUGAUAAUGAUACUCGUCAUUUCGGCAUUACUGGAAAUUCAGUCAGUUUUCAGCUUACAAAAAUUCCCAAACCCAAGAUUCCCAAAUUUAAGAAUCGGCCUACAGAAAUUCUCAAUUCCAAGAUUCGGGCCAUGUUAAUAACAAGAAAGGUAACUUCAGGUUUCUACCGAAAAACUUAUAUCAAAUGGAAAGAGAAUACUAGUUUCCCAAAGGUCGAUACUCUGAGGGUGUUAGACCUCACUGGAUGCGAAGUUACACAAGGAAAGGAGUUUCUGAGAUGGGUCAAAUCUCAGAAGCGCCUCACGUAUCUCAACCUUGACUGCGCGAAUCUGCAUGGAAUACAGACACAGUUUGUCAAGGACCUGCGAAAUCUCCAAUAUUUGAUCAUAGAUUCUGCGUACGUUAUCUCUGUAUCUUCUUUGCUAAAGCUGAGAGUCCUGAAACUUCGUAGUGGUCGUCAUAGUGUUGGUGCAAAAUACCCGGAGGGACUGGCGAAUCUCAUAAACCUAGAAGAGUUAUCAGGAAUCUAUCUAGGAAGUCGAGGCAAUAAAGGUAGUGAUUGUAAACUAGGAGAACUUAUCAGCUUGCCCAAACUCAGAGUGCUCAAGGUUGCUAUUGAUCGUGAUCCCGAUGUUGAUGUGUUCGGAUGUGAAAUGAGUGUACUCUCACAAUUAGGUAAUCUCCAGGUUUUAGAUAUUGAUGUUUUAGAUUGUAGAAAGGAGCAGUUUCUGAAGCAACUGGACCAGCUUGCACCACCUCGAUAUCUUCAGGAGUUAUAUAUUCGCCAAAUGGGGUUGGUAAAAACUAUACCAGGAUUUAUCAAACCCGAACUUCUCCCGGAAUUGCGGUACCUCUAUAUUAACGAAGGUGUAUGUGUUACACACAUGGAUCCUUGCUUCUGGGGAAAAGUCGAUAAAAGGUGGAACCUAGAGGCCUUGACCUUGAUUAGGUUGCUGGAACUGCAAUUGGAUUGGGAAACCGUGAAACAAAAGAUGCCUUUAAUUAGUUAUAUAGAGGUCAGGGGUGUGCCGGGGUUUAAAAAAUUCCCUGGUAUUAAAAAUCAUAGAGCCGGGUUCCGCACUUGGAGGAAGAUAGAAGAGGAAGAUUCAGUAACCAGAGAAAUUGCCGAUCCUAACAAGAGAAGAAGAACAACCUAGUUAGUUCCAUAAAGAGAUUAUAUAUAUUCUAGUUGUUGUGUCCUAGUGUCUAGCGUGUUAGAGACUCUUGAAGAGGUUUUUUCACUCCAAGGAGUUUUUCCUCGAUCAAGUUAUCUUUGUUUUAGGGUAUUAGGUUAAAUUUGAUUCUAAGUAUUUUAAUUUAAUGAUAAAAUUCUUUAAUAGUUUCGGUUUUAA